CCAACCCCCACCACCUUACCCUGUCCCGUCCGCCUCGGCUACCGUAGAUUACCUACCCCCAAAUCGCCGACGCGUCCUCCCUCUCUCUCAGCCAUGGCGAAGCUCAAGCACCUGCCCGUGUGCUCUCUGCUGCUGGCCGUCCUGCUCCUCGCGCUCUCGUCCUUCAGCGCUGGCGGCAACUCGUCGGUGUCCGCGUCGGCCGGACCGCUGUACGGCAUCGAGUUCCCGCCGUACAACACCGCCGUCGCCGACGCCGGCUGCGACGGCAGGCUGGUCGCCGAGGAGGCCGAGCUCGCGCGCCGGGCACCCUCCCUCAAGCUCAACAUGACCCGCCGCUCCGCCGACACCGCGGGGACGGGCUCGUUCGUCCUCGACUCGGCCAAGAAAGACGCGGCCCGCAUCGGCACGAUGCACGGCAGGAGGGCCGCCCCGUCCGGCGCGGCGAGACGGAAGGGCUCGCGGCCGCGGCGGGCGCUGUCGGAGCGGGUGGUGGCCACGGUGGCGUCGGGCGUGGCGGUGGGGUCCGGGGAGUACCUGGUGGACGUGUACGUGGGCACGCCGCCGCGCCGGUUCCGCAUGAUCAUGGACACCGGCAGCGACCUCAACUGGCUGCAGUGCGCGCCCUGCCUCGACUGCUUCCACCAGACCGGCCCCGUCUUCGACCCGGCGGCGUCCACCUCCUACCGUAACGUCACCUGCGGGGACAGCCGCUGCGGCCUCGUCUCCCCGCCGGAGUCUCCGGCGGCGUCGACCGGGAGGAAGUGCCGCAAGCCGCGGAGCGACCCCUGCCCCUACUACUACUGGUACGGCGACCAGUCCAACACCACGGGGGACCUCGCGCUCGAGGCCUUCACCGUCAACCUCACGGGCGCCGCCGCCGGGUCGACCCGGCGCGUUGACGGCGUGGCGUUCGGGUGCGGCCACCGCAACCGCGGCCUCUUCCACGGCGCGGCGGGGCUGCUGGGGCUCGGCCGCGGCCCGCUGUCGUUCGCGUCCCAGCUGCGCGGCGUCUACGGCGGCCACGCCUUCUCCUACUGCCUCGUGGAGCACGGCAGCGCGGCCGGGAGCAAGAUCAUCUUCGGCCACGACGACGCGCUGCUCGCGCACCCGCGGCUCAACUACACGGCCUUCGCGCCGGCCGCGGCCGACGCGGCGGACACCUUCUACUACGUGCAGCUCAAGUCCGUCCUCGUCGGCGGCGAGGCGGUCAACGUCCCGUCGGACACGUGGGGCGGCGCCAAGGACGGCUCCGGCGGCACCAUCAUCGACUCCGGCACGACGCUGAGCUACUUCCCGGAGCCGGCGUACCGGGCGAUCCGGCAGGCCUUCAUCGACCGCAUGAGCCCGUCCUACCCGCUCAUCGCCGGGUUCCCGGUGCUGAGCCCGUGCUACAACGUGUCCGGCGCCGGAAAGAUCGAGGUGCCGGAGCUGUCGCUGGUGUUCGCGGACGGCGCGGCGUGGGAGUUCCCGGCGGAGAACUACUUCAUCCGGCUGGAGCCGGAGGGGGUGAUGUGCCUGGCCGUCCUGGGCACGCCGCGCUCCGGCAUGUCCAUCAUCGGCAACUACCAGCAGCAGAACUUCCACGUCCUCUACGACCUUGAGCGCAACCGGCUCGGCUUCGCGCCACGCCGGUGCGCCGAGGUCUAGGCCGGCCGGCCGGCCUCCGUGCAUUUUGACUGAAAAUUUGUUGACUGGUAGGAGUUCGUAGGUGGCUCUGCUGACUGGAUGGGAAGAAGAAACGGUGAAGAAACUGGGUUGUGUGUAGAAAGAAACUGGGUUUGGAUUGACAAACAGAGCCUCUCUGAAAAGACAGUGUUUUUGAUGAAUUUUUGACCAAA